AUGGUGAUACCCAACAUCAGCAUUAGCAUCAAGAUCAAGGUCACUGUCAACAUCAGCAUUAGCAUCAAGAUCAAGGUCACUGUCAACAUCAGCAUUAGCAUCAGAUCAAGGUCAACAUCAACAUCAAAUAUCAGCAUUAGCAUCAAGAUCAAGGCCACUGUCCACAUCAACAUCAACAUCAAGAUCAAGGUCACAUCAACAUCAGCACUAGCAUCAGGAUCAAGGUCAACAUCAACAUCAAUGUCACUGGUGGUCAACAUCAACAUCAACAUCGAGAUGAAGGUCAAGGUUAACGUAAUCAAAAUCAAAAAGGAAUUGUACUAUACAUAA